AUGGACUUUGCCUACAUAUCGAAUUCAUCUUUUUCAUCCUUCAGUCCUGAGAAUGUAGAAGAAGAUCAUGAGCAGUACAACAAUGUGCUCAUGCCCAGCAUCUUUGGUGUCAUCUGUUUCUUUGGGAUCUUUGGAAACUGUAUAGUCAUCUACACCAUUGUGAAGAAGACCAAGCUCUGCUCCCAGCAAACAGUACCAGACAUAUUCAUCUUCAGUUUGUCCAUCGCAGACCUCCUCUUUCUCCUUGGCAUGCCGUUUCUCAUUCACCAGCUUGUGGGUAAUGGCUCCUGGUGCUUUGGUGGCACCAUGUGCACUGUCAUCACAGCACUUGACUCCAAUAGCCAGAUUGUCAGUACAUACAUCCUGACUGUAAUGACUCUUGAUCGCUAUCUGGCCACCGUGCAUCCCAUCCGCUUCAAACACGUUCGAACCCCCUUCAUGGCCGGGGCAGCAGUAGCUCUGGUCUGGGUGUUUUCUCUGGUCUCCAUCACUCCAGUCUGGAUGUACACGGGACUCAUGCACCUCAAGGACGGCUCGGUCGGCUGCGCCCUCCUGCUGCCCAACCCCGCUACAGAUACAUACUGGUUCACCCUCUACCAGUUCUUCUUGGCCUUUGCUCUGCCUUUGGUGGUCAUCUGCGGGGUCUUCUUCAAGAUUCUCCAAAACAUGUCAGCUACAGUUGCUCCACUGCCCCAGCACAGCCUGAGAGUGCGGACGAGAAAGGUGACCUCUAUGGCAGUGGCCAUAUGCCUGGCAUUUUUCAUUUGCUGGGCCCCUUACUACAUCCUGCAGCUGGCCCACCUGGGAGUUCAACGGCCCACCUUUGCCUUCCUGUAUGCCUACAACAUUGCCAUCAGCAUGGGCUACGCCAACAGCUGCAUUAACCCAUUUAUCUACAUUAUUCUAAGUGAUACAUUCAAGAGGAAGUUCAUUGUAGCCAUUCGUCCGUCUCACAGGGUUUUCAGGGUUGCCCCCGCUCUGGCUGAUGGCAGCAUGAGUCUGAGGAUGGCAGCAGACAGCUUGCAUCCAUCUCACUCGCAGUCAUCGGGGGAACUGCUUCAAAACAUGCUGCCGGUCACUGUGGCUGUGCACUGA